AAAUAGCCACGGAAACACUCUAACUGGCUCAGUGUUUGAUCCUCCUUUGUUCCCGCUUGAUUUCAUUUUAAUCAAAAGCACUUAACGAGCCACUAACACUUAUCUCCCAUCACUCUCUCCCACUAUCUCUCUUCUCGUAACCAACCCGACUCUUUGUCUUAUAAAAAUCCUAAUUUAUUAACCCUAGAACCAGAUUCACUCCAUUGUUGUUUACUCUCGGGAUAAGAAAGUUAAAAAAAAAGAUGUUUCUUUGGCUAGUAAUUGUCUUAAUGGUUUCUGGUUCAGUCUCUUCAAAUGAAUACAAACUCCAUUGGGUUAUUCCUCCUGCAAAUGUUUCAACAAGUCUUAACGAUUGGGCUUCCGGUCAACGGUUCCAAGUUGGAGACACCAUUCGAUUCAAGUACAAGAAAGAUUCGGUGAUGCAAGUGACAAAGGAGGGUUAUAUGCAAUGCAAUUCGUCGCACCCAAGAUUCUACUCGAAUACGGGCAAGACCCGGUUCAUGUUUGAUCACUCAGUUCCUUACUAUUUCAUAAGUGGAACGUCUGGUCACUGUGAAAAAGGUCAGAAAAUGAUCGUCGAGGUCAUGGCUCACGACCGUACCACCACAUCCGUAGCUCCUACGCCUGCAAUGGCCGUUUGGUUGUGUUUCUUCAGCUUCACGUUAUCUCUUGUUGCUUAGUGUCAGUGUUAGAUUUAGGUUAAAAUUAGCUUGUUUAUGUUUGCUGCUUUCUAUGAUAAUUUCGUAUUCCUUUAAAAAAAAAAAUUAGAGCUCAUAUAUUUGCUAGUUGUAUAGUUUUAUAAACUUUUUAUUCGUGAGUCUAGUCUCUCUUUUCUUAAUAUACCUAGUGGAGGUUGUUUGACAUUAAAAGAAAACACAUAGAUUUGUUCUUCAUUCCAUACCACUGUUUUCAUAAUUACCAUUUAAAUUAAAAAUAACACUUAAAAUUUCUUUUUUUAAAAUACACUUAAAUAUGACAUAGCUUCCAAAAAUUUAAAUAUUUUACUAUUAUUACAAAAAAAAUUAUUCGUUUACACACGGAGUUUAAUUCAAUGAUUGCAAAAUUCCAAACACUUGACGGAAGCAAC